CUCAAUCCCUUAACCGCCUCGCAUGAGGCACCGCUCUCCUCCGCCGCACGCAACCGUCGUUUACAAUUCUGUGUCUAUCUGUUUCUGUCGUUAUUCAUAACUCAACGGUUGAUUUCACCGCUCUGAUUUGGAAGAACCGAAUCCGCGAUGGGGUCUAAGAAGGGGAAAAUCGAUCGGGUCAAGGGUCCAUGGAUCCCCGAGGAAGACGAGAUGCUGCGAAUGCUAGUGCAGAGCCAAGGCGCUCGGAACUGGUCCAUUAUCAGUCAAUCGAUUCACGGUCGGUCAGGAAAAUCGUGCCGUCUGCGGUGGUUUAAUCAGCUCUGUCCUGGUGUAGAGCGUCGCGCUUUCACGGCGGAGGAGGACGAGGUCAUUACUGAAGCCCACGCCAAAUACGGAAACAAGUGGGCGACGAUCGCGAGGCUUCUCAAUGGACGAACAGACAAUGCGAUUAAGAAUCACUGGAAUUCGACAUUGAAGCGGAAGUUCUGUUCGAUUGCGGAGAAGAAAACCGAUUGUGUAAGUCAAGGAUCAACGAUUUCGGUAUCGAAUCAGUGUUUGAGUCCGUCUGGAUCUGAGACGAGCGAUUCGAUUCGGAGUAGCGAUAUGGAGCCGUCAACUCAGUUAACUCUGUCGCUUCCAGGAACAGAACUGUGGCCAGUAACGCAGCAGCAGAGUAUUUCAUCAUCGCCGGUGAAAAGUGAGGAGAAACAGAAAGGGAAACGAACGUGUUUCGGCGAGGAAUUGUUGUGUGUGAUGCAGAAGAUGAUUAAAGAAGAGGUGAGAAAUUAUGUGGCGCAAUAUGAAGAAGUUAGAAACGGCAAAAAAGGAAUCGACGAAUGAAGAAGAAGAACAGAUGAAUUAGGGCGGAACAAAUGAAAGAAGAUCAAAAGGUACUUUGAUUUCGUGUUUUUGUUACUUAGUUAUUCAAAUUGGAGCCAGUAGUCCUACGUUAGAGAUUCUUCAUUUUCCAUUAUCUCUGAAAAUUUUCCUCCCUUUUCUCACUUUUUCUUUGUACAUCUGUAUUUUGAAUUCGUUUCAGUUCAAUCAUUGGGAGGUAGGAUUGAAUAAUCAACUUUUGUUUGUAUCAGUGAAUGUGAUUUUAUUCACUAAUUUAGAAUCAAAAUUUGUUGAUGGAGA